AUGAAGGUGGAGUUGGUGGUUGUGGUAGUGGUGGUGGUGGUGGGGAUGGCGGUUGUGAAGGUGGUGGUGGAUGUGGAGGUUUUGGAGGAGGUGGUAGUUGUGGUGAAGGUGAAGGUGAAGGUGAAGGUGGAGGUGGAGGAGGUGAUGGUUAUGAUGGUGGUGGCGGAGGAUGAGGGGGAGGAGGAUGUGGUGGUGGUGGUGGUGGUGGUGGUGGUGGUGGCGGUGGUUGUGGAGAUAGUGAAUGUGGGGUGCAAGUGGUGGAGUGAGAUGUGGAAGUGGAGGUGGUAUCAUUUUUAA